CAGCGUUUUUGUCCCAGUCGGUGGACGUGUUUGAGUCUACCAGAGGACGGUAACUCUUAACCUUGCGGAUAUUGUUUGCUCUUCUCUUUUCUGCCAAGAGAGAAAAAGAUCCGUGUCCGGAUGUGCCAGCAGUAUUUGGUUUUUCGCAUGGCGUAGGCACCUUUUCUAAAGCAGGAUAUUCUUGAUGUUUGGAGGGUCCCAGGAGGCCCUCGGGUCGACAGCUUAUCCCGCUCACACUUACUAUAACGAUACUUCCAAAUUUGCCGAUUUGUGUGAGGAAAUGAUCAACGAAAUGAUUGUGCAAUAGAGAGGAAGAAUCCUCGGAACACGUCUCGACUACCUCAGUGUGACUGUGGAGAAAUCAAGUCACCGGGAAUAAAAAAAUUGCGUCUCCUGCUCCAAACCCGGCGACGACGUACUUUUAAGAGUGUGCCAGAGCUAUUAACAAGGGACACGAAAAGAGGAAAUAUUUGUUCUUGUCUUGUGUGUCUGAGUGUGUGUGUGUUGUGUGUGUGUGUGUGUGUGAACCCUUCCGAGGACCGGGAAAACCUUCACGAUGACGGGCAGCACCCCAGCGGACAUGAUAAACCUGCGGCUUAUUUUAGUCAGCGGGAAGACAAAAGAAUUCCUCUUUUCGCCCAACGACUCGGCAGCAGACAUUGCUAAACACGUCUAUGACAACUGGCCGAUGGACUGGGAGGAAGAGCAGGUCAGCAGUCCUAACAUCCUGAGGCUGAUCUACCAGGGCCGUUUUCUACACGGCAACGUAACACUAGGAGCUCUCAAACUGCCCUUGGGGAAGACCACAGUGAUGCAUUUAGUUGCCAGAGAAACUUUGCCUGAGCCAAAUUCCCAAGGUCAGAGAAACAGAGAGAAGACUGGGGAGAGUAACUGCUGUGUCAUUCUGUAAAUACACAACUCCAAUGCCGGCCCUCCAUCCUCAUUCGUUUUCACCUUCAGCAUUCUGGAUCUAAAAAGCUUGUCCCAUGUCCUGAAGCUUGUCCACGAUGCAUUCAAACACACAAACACACACACACACACACAUCUCUUUUUCUCUUUCUUUGCUUUCCCGCCUCUCUCACACACUCACACAUACACAGAAAGACAGCAGGCUCAGGCUGAUCCAGGAGUUGAGCAGGGAAAUUGUUUAACGAUAGAGUUGAUUCCUUUGUUGUAUUUGAUUUGUUGUUAUAACUGAAAAUUUGAGCAAGGAACUGGAUUUGCAUGUUUUUUUCUUCUUCUUUCUUAAUGCACACCUUUUUAAGCCUUCUGCCGCACACACACGCGUACACACACACACACACACUAGACAUAAACACCUUGUCUAUCAGUACUCAGCCGGUUGGUUAAAAGUCAGUUUCUAACUGGCUCUUCGUUGAAACUGGUUGUCAUAGUGAUGCAGUGCCCAAGUUUGUACAUGUGGCCUUGUUUUCUCAUAGACUGCAGAGAAUUUUAACCACUAACAACUCAUCAACAUGACAACACACACUCUCCUUAUGACACCCCAUGUACACAUCCAACCAUAUGUGCUUGUGUGAUCUCCCUCCAUGCAGCAGACGAAGCUUAGAUGUGCCUGAUCAGAGAACUCAAACCAGGACACACACACACACACCACACCUACAUUUGUGUCCUUUUUACUGCCCUCCUCUUCAUGUGCCCUUAAAGGUCGCAAAAGAGAAAUUAUUCAGAGCGAAUACAUCCUUCUCUUUCAGUCGUCGUAUUUUAGCCAAACAAAGCCUGACAAACAAACAAAUAGACAAACAGCCAGUGUUGGUGGUCUUGUUUCGGUUAUUUGUUUGUUCAUGACAUUUGUGACUGUGUUUUGACAGUCCAUGCAUAUUGCUGACCAACCAGUGUUGUGAUUUAAUAAAACGUCAUGUCAGUUUUCUUCCUUCCCUGAUGCGCCGUCCCUCUCGCCGAGGAAACGCUCUUCAUACUCCUUUUUUUUAAAUUUUAUUUUAUUUUUUUUUAAAACCAGUGUUGUGAAGGAUCUCUCAUGACAAUUACUGUCCAAGCAGGGAAAUCAACUCGGAAUGAAAAUGUUCCUCAUUUGUCUUAAUUCGCUUCUUAUUCUCUCCUUAAUUCCCUAUACGCAUUAAUUAAUCCAUUUUGCACAGCUGAAGCAUGUGCUCCUUCAUCAGACUAAUAAAAAUGUAUAAAAAGUUUUAUUGUUUUAUUUUAUAUUUUUCCAAUGGAAGCAAUGUUCCAAACUAAGGUAACGUGUAGAAUAUAUUUAAUAAGAAUCUUAUAUAGAACAUGAUGACUCUAGAUCUUGUUGAUAUACAGUAUAUUGGUGUUUAGUCUAUGAUUGUGUAUACGGUUAGCUUCUAGCCAGUUCACAGUCACUCGCUGACGAUGUGUUGUGCUUAACAGCAGCAAAAGCUCCCUAAUCAUCAACAGACUAUUUUUAUUUUCUUUCUUCUGUGCUCUUUUAUUAUUAUUUUUUUCAUUUGUUUAUAAUUUAAUGUAAUCCUUUUUUUCUUUGUGUUUUAUUUUUGCUUUAAAGAAUCGCUUUGUAACUAGGUCUUAACAAAAAAAAAAAAAAAAAGAUAUUGUUUAUAUUGAUCAGGGUUCAAAUCUGUACAGAGAUAAACGUUUUCAAACUGAUUGUAAAUAGCACUAAUGCUCCCUCUAUACCCCUCCAAACUUCAAAAUGGAAUACAUCUGUAAUCUAAAUAAAGGUUAUUGAAGUGCA